UCGGCGCUUCCUGAUGCACGACUCCUUCUGGACGCUGCCCAAGCGGUUCCUGGGGAACAAGGUGGAUUCCUACGGAGGCUCCCUCCAGUACACGGUGCGUUACCACCUGAGCCGAGGAGAGUCAGAGCCUGUCUGGAAACCGGACGUCAUCCUUGUGGGCAACGGGCAGAAGCUGCUUUACCGGCUACCGGCUCAUCCUGAGCCCUUUGUGGCCAACAAGCGCCAGGUUGAUUUCACAGAGGGGAGCUGGCAGAAGGAGUCUGGGGGGUCCGUCAGCCGAGAGGAGCUGCUCCUUACCCUGCAGAACCUGGAGGCCAUCAUGAUCCAGACGGUGUACGAUAACCGGAUGGCCAAGGUGGGACUGAGCAACGUCGUUAUGGACACCACCACCACGGAAAUCACCGGCCUGGGUGUGGCGCAUCACGUGGAGGAAUGCAGGUGCCCCGUCGGCUACUCUGGUCUGUCCUGCGAGCAGUGCGAGCCUCACUUCAAGAGAGUGCGCGGCGGAUCCUACCUGGGCAUCUGUUCCGGUUGCAGCUGCCAUGGCCACUCCAGCUCCUGCGACCCGUUCUCGGGCUACUGCCUGAACUGCCAGCACAACACGGAAGGGCCACGGUGCGAUAAAUGCAAGCUGGGCUUCUUUGGCGAUGCCACCCAGGCCACCCCGGCGGCCUGCCGGCCUUGCCCGUGCCCGUACACCGAAGCUCCACGCAG